CCGCGUCACCACGGGGGAGGGCCGCGGAGUCGCCGGCUGGAGACGAUUGGCGGAGGGAGCCGCCGCUCUCCUGCCUCCCCGCCGCGGUACCGUGGCUCGGGCUUCGCCUCAGCGGGAUGAGCCGCGCUUCCCCAUGGAGACCAAACGGGCCGAGAUCCCCAGCAGCGUCCUGGACGACCUGUGCAGCCGAUUUAUUUUGCACAUUCCAAGUGAAGAGAGAGAUAAUGCAAUCAGAGUGUGUUUUCAGAUUGAACUUGCCCAUUGGUUUUACUUGGAUUUCUAUAUGCAAAACACACCAGGAUUACCUCAGUGUGGGAUAAGAGACUUCGCUAAAGCUGUCUUCAAUCACUGCCCUUUUUUACUGCCUCAAGGUGAAGACGUACAAAAGGUUUUAGACGAGUGGAAAGAAUACAAAAUGGGAGUACCAACCUAUGGUGCAAUUAUCCUCGAUGAGACACUUGAAAGUGUUCUUUUGGUUCAGGGCUAUUUAGCAAAGUCUGGUUGGGGAUUUCCAAAAGGGAAAGUAAAUAAAGAAGAGGCUCCUCAGGACUGCGCUGCUAGAGAGGUGUUUGAAGAAACUGGGUUUGACAUAAAAGAUUAUAUCUGCAAAGAAGAAUACAUUGAGUUGCGAAUUAAUGAUCAAUUAGCACGCCUGUACAUCAUUCCAGGAGUUCCCAAGAACACAAAAUUCAACCCCAAAACCAGAAGGGAAAUUCGGAAUAUUGAGUGGUUUUCCAUUGACAAAUUACCAUGCCACAGAAAUGACAUGACCCCAAAGUCCAAGCUGGGUUUAGCACCUAACAAAUUUUUUAUGGCAAUUCCCUUCAUCAGACCAUUGAGGGAAUGGAUUUCCCGAAGGAAUGGAGAUUCCUCAGAUAGUGACAAUGGAUUUUCGUCUACAGGGAGCACACCCUCUAGGCCCAACUUGGAAAAAGCUAGAUCCAAACUUCGCUGCAGUCAGCAGGUGUUUACAGAUGGCUUUUCAGGAGAGCAGUGUGUGAAGCCAAAACAGCCACAGAAGCCAUGUAAUCAUACUGAGAUGGCUGAAGUUUUGAAAAUAAAGCAGAGUCAGAGCUUGAGGAGCAAUGGCAGAAAGCAGUAUCAAGACACUCCCAGCCAAAAGAAGCGAACAAAUGGGGUCCAUAGUCAACCAGUUAAGCCAAAUUCUACCUUGAAAUGUGAAAAAAGGCUUAAUCCAAGAAGACUUCAAGAUAACUUUGAAACAGCAGAUGCAGCAUAUGAGAUGUGUUGCUCCAGUGAAGAUCCACUGACAGAACAAGUAGAGAGACAAUCCGUGGCAUGCAAUGGCCAUUACAAAUUUGCUUUCUCAUCAAGAGCUUUCUUGAGUUUCAAGUUUGACCAUGAUGCCAUAAUGAAAAGUUUUGACCUCUGACAGCGAACUUACUAAGAACAAAAAUUAGACUUGCCUGUUGCAAUUGAGGGGGUUUUUUAUCCAGCCUUACUCUUUCUCAGGAGUUUUUUUGUUUUAUUUUGUUUGGGUUUAAAUGCAAUGCAGGGACUGACUGGUGGUUUGGAAGGGUUUGUUCUCUUUGUAGUAUGGGAGUGGCAUAGUCAACUGUUGCACUUUAAAUGCAGUAUAGCCUUUGUCCACGGAAGUACCUUUCCAGUGUUCAGUUCACUUGUUCCUAGCUGUGCAUUAAAGGGCAUUCUUUUAUUAUUUUUUCAUUGUUGUUAUUAAACUUGCCAAGUCUUUUGUAGAAUGUCACUGAUUUUAUUUUUUUUUAACUGUUAGAGUAUACCAGCUUGCUAAACUUCAACUGCUCUGAUGUAAAUUAUUGGACCCAUUAAGUCAUUUUUGUGUAGUACAUUGCAAUAUUACGGCAGUGGCAAUGAAACUAACUGAUUCUCAGAGGACUCCUUCGUCCUAGUGAUUUUGAAACCAAGUUGCACAUUUCAAACCCAGCCUCAGCCUGUCAUCCUUUCUCUGUCCCAGUGGCUUGCCUUGGACAAAUAACUUUCCUCCUUCACACUGAUAGCUUCUGAUGACUGGCAAUCAGUAGUAUUUGGAGCCAAAUGUAUAGCAUGUUGACUUCUUUUACUUACUCUGCCUCUGUCUUAAGUAAAGAUAUAUUCUUUACUAAAGUAAAGAAUGGCAGAACUUAGCCAUUCAAAGUGUCUGGCUUCAACUCUUAUGCACUGUCCCCAGCUGGGUAAGAAGUUGUGAAACUUCUUAUCCCAGUUGCAGCUACUUUAAAGAAAGCAAAGCUUAAGCUUUGUCUUUGAGAGGUUACUUGUGUAGAAUUUAUACUGAAUGUAAAUAAGCCUCUGUAGAUCUUGCUGAGGAGGAAGGCAGAUGCAUGGAUAAUAGACUCAUUGUGUGACACUAAAUGGCUUAAUCAGGCUUGCAAUAACUAUUCUAAGGGUGUCCAGUAUUGUAUUCUGUGCUCUUGUCCUCAGUUCUUGUGUAGUGUAUGCUCUGUAUAUAUCCAGUAGUAUUGAAUUGCACUGGCAGUUAGCAUUUAAAUGAUGUAGCCUGAGUUAUUUUCAGCUACAACACUCUCUUAGUUAAAAAUAUUAAAGACUGGGGGUAGGGGGGAGUGACACCCCAGAAUUGUGGUGACAAAUGGUUAAAUCACCUUCGUGAUCCAAGUUAAGGGGUUCUGAACAUGUGCUUUGCAGUUGAGAGAAAUGCACUGAAAUAAUUUGUCACUGCAGCUUGUGGUAGCAAGCACGUUGUCCCCCAUUUAGAAAUGGACUUUUCUCUAAAAUAACCAUGAGUAAUUAGUAACUUCAUAGGUUGAAUGAACUACGCCCUUGUCUCAUCGCAGUGUAUUAUUGCUCAUGCACUGUGUCUUUAUGCAACUUGUGUCAUCCAAAAACAAAAUCCUGGUCUUCCUUCAAACACCCUACUUCAUCUACCCUACCUAAUCUGUUACCUAGUGCUUUUCCUCAGAAAUAGCUUUAGGACUGUCUCCUGGUUUAUUUACUUGCCUGGCACCAGGUGGUUUGGGACUCUUAAUGCUGUAAUAAUCUUGGUGGUAGGAAUGCUGGACUUCUGUAUCAGUCAGGAGAAACAGACUGCAGCAUUUCCUCCUUCUGGAAGACAAGAGUCCUGAGGGCCUUGUCUUUCAAGACCAAAUGGUGAAAUAGCUCAAUCUAGCUUUGUCUCACUUUGUAAAAAGAAAAAAAGUAUCCAAAGGCUGUUCAAAACAGUAAAUGGCAAAAAGCAGUAAUUGAGAAGGUGGGAUAAUGCUGGAAGAGGUUAUGUUACUCAGCUUCAGGUGAAAACUAAUCUUUAGUUACUUCUUUAGUGCAAGUAGUUGAUUUCCCAGCAAAAGUGCCUUUACUCAUGGUGAGGCAGAAGUUUGUAUUCAUAACCUUAGGCUGCUACUGCCUGUGGAGUUAGUAAGACUCUCCUAAGGCAUGAUUAAAUAUCAGGCUGUGGAAAUCUUUAAUAAAUAAGUUGACUUUUCAGAUAAAUUAGUUAUUUUUCAUCUAGUGUUCUGUAAAUAAAGGGGAUGUUAAUGAAACAGUGAAUUUGGAGUUUCUGUCAACUAUUUGGGAAAUCAACUCCCAGACAGAGGAAAUCUGUUGAACAAAGCAAGCGUGUCCUAUAAAUAGGAGAGGCUGCCUGCCCUCUGUAUUCACUGGGUCAUUUUUUUUUUUCUCUUCUUAGUGAAAGAUUGGUUCAGUGUAAGAGAAAUUGGUUGCUUCAUUAAGCAACCCAAAGUGGGGUUUAUACAUAUGUCAUGAUUUUAGUAAAUCUAGCCUUAAUGUGAGUUGCAAAUAAAUGUGAUAAAUAUGCAAUAAAUUUUACUUUUUUUUGUA